AUGGCGGCUUUGAACCAAAUAUUGAACAGGUCGCGGAGCACCUACAGGACCCGGACGAACAAGACGAAGCUUGUCCGGACUCCGGGCAACCGUCUUGCCAGACACAGGAUUGCGCCGAAGCAUAGCGUGCCCCACUGCCCUAUAUCUGGUCUGAAACUGAGUGGUUUGCCCGGCAAGCCCAGAAGCACCUACGGCCGCAUGCCUAAGUGCCAGCGCAGCGUUGCUCGCGCUUAUGGUGGCCACUUCUCCCAUCGCGUCGUCCGUGAAAAGAUUCUCAAGGCCUUCUUCACCUACGAAAAGAUGUGCGUACAGUCCGUCAUGCUCGAGAAAGCCCGAUCCCAGAAGGCUGCCACCAAGAAGCGCUAA